AUGGCCCAUCCCAACCGCCUCCAAAACGCACGCGUCCUCGUCUUCGGCGGCACCUCAGGCAUCGGGUACGGCGUCGCCAGCAUGGCCCUCUCCAACGGCGCCAUUGUCACUAUCUCUGGUUCCACACAGCCAAAGGUCGACGCCAAAGUGAAGGAACUCCAGUCUCUGUACCCAUCCGCAGGUGUGCGUGGUAUAUCACUUGAUCUCUCCGACACCGCCAACCUUGAAGACAAUCUUAACGGGCUAUUCGAGAAGGUGACGAAUGGUGGAGAGCAGUUAUUGGACCAUAUCGUGCACUGCGCAGGCGACGCGCUGUUCCUCCCCAAGCUCCACGAGGUCACGGUCGACAACGCACUUCCGGGCUUCCACGUGCGGUGGUUGACCGCCUUGCUAAUUGGCAAGGCUCUCGCGACAGGGAAAUAUAUGCUCGCAGCUCCCUCCUCUUCCUUCACGCUGACAGGCGGUACCAACACGACCAAGCCAAUGCCGGGAUGGUCACUGGGGGCAUCCUGGGGCGGCGCCUCGGAGGGGCUGAUGCGUGGGCUUGCUGUGGACUUGAAGCCUAUUCGGGUCAACUUGAUGUCGCCUGGUACAAUCGAUACGCCGCUAUUCCAGAAGUUCUUGGAGAAUGUGGGCAGGGAGAAGGAGGCGGCUAUUAGGACAGGGCAUACGCUGUUGCAAACGUGGGGUGAUGCGAAGGAUAUUGCGGAAGGGUAUGGAUGGUUGAUGCGGGAUUGCUAUGUGACAGGGACGAUCGCGAGUUCGGAUGGUGGGAGAUUGCUGGUAUAG